AUGGAAAACCGCAAAGAUGCACGAUAUAUCCGUGCUGGCUGGAACUGGAUCGACUCACCUGAGAGAAUCAAAUUGUCAGACGAAAACGCCGACCUAGCAAGCAACAAAAUGAACGCCAAGGAAAGGGGAGCCAAAUACCCAGCUGACUUUGACGGUAAUGACCAUUUUCGCGCAACUCGGGUACCAGAAGAUCCAACUCCACUAGGAUCGGCACACGGACUGCCGUUGAUAUUCAUCGGGAGAGGAAUUAUGCCAUUAUUAUUGCUAGGUCGCCAGCACGUGGGCAAGUUCGGAAGCCUCUACUCGAACCUGAUUCGGCCGUCAAGGGUACUCAAGCAUUGGAUCCCCUGUAGUGGCAAAGACUGCAACGAAGUCGAAGAUCCUGCCCCUACCCGGCACACCCAGUUUGUGAUGGACCAGUCUAAGCCUGGUCAAUUCUAUUGCAGGCGGUGCUGGAGGAAUAUUCAUUAUGAGUCCAAAUAA